AUGUCAAAUCGCAAAGCGAAACUCCCCUCGCAUUUUUGCGAAUGGGUAGUUGGAACAACAAUCGAAUCUGUUAUCGGCGCCAUCCCUAAGAACAAACCCCCUAAGAAGCGAGACGUCGUACGUGUUGCGGUCACCACUGAUGAUGAGUCCGAAGAGGACACCGUCUCGGUCACCUACCCACGCACUGGACGCAACUAUACACCUCCGCCUGCCAACGAAGCAAAGGCCGUGGUCAAGAAGAAGGUCCGGUUUGAGGCUCGCCAAAAUGGCCCCCUCAAAUCUGCUAUGAAGCAGACCACCACCACAACUCCCAAGGACUCCUCAGAUGAGGCAUCCGACUCCGGUCCAGAAACCGAGUCAGACUCUAGUCAGUCGGCAUACAUAUCAAGCUCUGAUGUCACCGAUUCUGAUGUUGAAUACUCAGUUGAGUGCGUCAAGCACAAAAGGCAGAGAAAGAAGAAGCGUAGACAGACACAGGCCGAAGAAGACACCGAGAGUGACUGGGACUCUGAUCCAGCACCAGACUGUCCCUGCCAGAGAUGUACAAAGGGCCGACAGAUAUUGCAAAGAGUAUGCCAGAAAAGGAGCAAGGAAAUCACACCGCCAAGCCCCGAAACCUCUGAUUCGGACGAAGAAGCACCCCCCAACACUAAGCAACAAUCUGGUAAGAACAAGAGGAGGUGUCUAAAGAAAGCAAAACCAACAGAGCCUGACCCCAAUACUUCUGACUCAGAUUCAGAGCCUGAGAUCCUAGCACUUAAGAAACGGAGCCAAACCAAAAAUCAAGGCAAGCAGACAAAUGGAAAGGAACAGCAAAUCGCGCCCCAGGCUCCUAUGACCAAAAAGGAACGAAAAGCAAUGAACAAAAAGGCUAAGCAGCAGCAAGAGCAAGAGAUUGAAGGCGAAACCUCUGACUCACCCAAGGAAACAGAGGAGGAAACUGAACCGGAAGAGGAGCCCAAGAAACAGAACAAAGGCAAGCAGAAGAAUAACAAGAAGCAGAAAGGAGAACAGAAGAAACAGGAACCGGAAAAUGAAACCAAUAAAGACCAAGAGGCUGCCCCAGCUGAUAAGGCCCCCGAAGCUUCCAAGGACACAGAUCAAGAACUCAAUAUCCUGAGAGCUUACGACGGCCCUGCCUACGGCAAUCACCAAAGCAAUGCGUUAUACCCAGAGCGUGACGCCUUCGGUCGCCCUCUGCCGAUGGGCCAGCCUCAUCCCGUGCAGAACCCUUUCUACUAUGGCUUCAACAACCCGCAGCAGUAUCCCAACUAUCCACAGAUGCCACCAUUCCACCAGGGCUACGCAGGAGCUCCUCCGCCCUCGGAUGCAUACUCACAUGUUCCCAUCACACAAGGGAUGACCCCUCUUCCGUGGUAUGCCAUGGGUCCUCCUCCAGGAGUUCCCCCCUCUGGCUACUAUGGACACAGGAGCCCUGAAACCAACAAGAACACUCCGGUUUCCAAAGCGGAGAAAAAUAACGUUGGCCCUCCUGGAAGUCUUACUGGCCAGGACAAUCCAUACUAUAAGAGAAAGUCACAAAACAACGGAUGGGAAAGCCACCGUUCUGUACCCAAGGAAAAUGGCCAUCCGCCAGGUUCCGAUAAGGCUGGGUCCAACAGGUCCAACGGAUCCAACGGAUCCAACGACUGGAACAAGAAUAACGAUCCAGUAGCUAGCUGGAACGAUGGAGUACCUGACAACAAAGGCCAAGAUGAUUGGCCCGCAACCGCCCCAGACAACAACCAGAACGGAAACGACUGGGGUACAAGUGACGAUCAGGCAGUUAAAGAUUGGAAUGACAAGAUCACUCAGGAUAGUAAGCCGGCCGAAUGGCCAAUAUCACUACCAACUGGCGAACAAGAUCAGAAGAAAAACGGCUCAGGAGAUGGCUCGAGCCAUUCGAACAGGAGCAAUGAUACUUUGAAAAAGAUCGGAGCUCAUUGGGGCGAGGACACUUACCCAGGCUGUUGCCCCCUUAGCACCUGGGGUGAACAACAAACCACAAGCAGCGUGGGGCAAUCAGCUGACAACAACGUGGGCAUCUGGGCUCCCACGGACGUGAAUGGGAGUGGGAAUGGAGACGGGAACCAGAACCCUCCGGCAGUAGGAGGAGAUGGUGACAACAUCAUGCCUGGGACAUGGGUUGACGGCACUGAAACUGUGCCAGCCUGGGGAGAUGCUACUGCAGCACAGGACACGAACGGCAAAGCCAUACACUGGUAAUAGAAAUUGGAAACUUGCUACAUGCGAUGAUGAGAAAGAUGUCUAGAUUAGCUAAGGGGGUAUGGUAUCCGCAAAUUCACUCAGUGUACUACAAGAUGCUAUGACUAAAUGCCUCCCAACCGAAUCAAUCAAUCAACCAAUAUUCAACCCCAU